AAGAAGAAAGACCAUAAGCAGAAGAAAGAGAGAAAAGGUCCACAAGAAAGAGAUUAUUACAUCAAUGGCGUUAGAUGCUCUUGCCGGACUCAGUAAUGAUCUAAUCACCCGAUCAUGGAUGGCUUCGAACACGACUAAGCCUUUUCACAAGGAGGAAGAAGGCAAUACCGUCUUUUUCGGUUUCAAAUCAUCUUUCUUGGAGAAAGAUUUGUUUGAUCCAGAGAAUGAGUCUCCGUUUGGAGAAACUAAGAUGAACCGUGAACAGUUCCCUUGUAUGAGAAGCAUUGGCAACGACGUUGACGCUACCGUUAACGAAGCUUUCCUCAAGAAUCUUCAGCUUCUCGUUUCAACCUCAUUUCCUCAUUCAGUUAAAACGGUUGUCGACAGCAUGAGAAGUCAACGGAUAGUAUUCACAGGACAUUCUUCAGGAGGCGCAACUGCAAUCUUAGCAACAGUUUGGUACUUGGAGACAUACUUCACAAAGCAGAGCGGUUUCUUCCCGGAGCCUCUUUGUUUAACCUUUGGAGCUCCUUUGGUUGGUGACUAUGUCUUCAAGCACGCUCUUGGGAGAGAGAACUGGAGCCGGUUCUUCGUGAACUUCGUCACAAGAUUCGAUAUCGUCCCUCGGAUAAUGCUUGCUAGAAAGGCAUCAACAAAGCAAGAUCUGCCUCGUGUUCUUAGCCAACUGGAUCCUAGAGCUGGGAACCAAGGAAACGACCAGAGCAUCACAGGGUUUUUCGCAACGGUGAUGAAAGACACAGCGACUGUUGCACACCAAGCUGUCUGUAAACUGAUUGGAAACGGAGAGCCGUUUUUGAAAACGCUUUCAAGUUUCCUUGAGCUGAGUCCUUAUAGACCCGCAGGCACUUUUGUCUUCUCUACAGGGACGAGAUUGGUUUCAGUGAGCAACUCAGACGCCAUUCUUCAGAUUCUGUUUUAUGCUUCUCAGUCAAGCAACGAGCAGGAAUUAAUUCUAAGACCAUAUCAGAGCAUAAGUGAUCACCGUAGCUAUGAGGAAAUGGUACACUCGAUGGGAAUGAAAGUGGUUAGUCAAUUAGAUUUGCAUCACUUGCCUUUGAAUGGAGAAGAAUCUGCCCUCGGUGACCUUGGACUGAGCACAAGAGCCAGACAAUGCGUCCAUGCUGCAUUUGAGGCAGAGAAGAAACGAGUCGAUAACCAAAGCAAGAUAGACGCUAAGCAGCCUAAAAUAGUAGAGAAGCUGGUAUGGAUAGAGGAUGAAUACAAGCCAAAGUGUCUAACUCAUAAAAUCGGGUACUAUGAUUCCUUCAAGGAAUCUAAUGAAGAGAAAGACUUCAGAGCAAACGUCAUUAGAGCUGAGUUAGCUGGUAUUUAUGACGAGGUGCUCGGUCUAGUGAAAGAAGGACAACUUCCAGAUGGGUUUGAGGGGCGCAUUGAGUGGAUAGAUUUGGCAAAUCGCUACCGUAGAUUGAUCGAACCACUUGAUAUUUCAAACUACCAUAGGCACUUGAAGAACGAAGACACAGGGCCUUAUAUGAUACAUGGAAGACCAAACCGUUACAAACACUCUCAGAGAGGGUAUGAGCAUGAACUACUGAAGGCAGGCAGGAGUGCUGAAGAGAUAAAGAGAUCUGACUGUGGAUCUUGCUUUUGGGCUGAGGUUGAAGAACUCAGGAGAAAAGAAUAUGAUGAGGCAAGGGUUAAGAAACUAGAAGAGUUGCUUGAGGGAUGGAUCAGAGACAAGGAAGUAGAUGAAGAACAUAUAUUUCUGGAGGGCUCAUCAUUUAGAAAGUGGUGGCACUCACUUCCUGAGGUUCACAGAUGCGGCUCUAGCUUGCGAGUGCGUAUGGGUUAAACAAUAGCCAACCUGAACCUGGAGAAGUUUUAGCUACUGGAAGUGCCUUGUGCACAUUUAUCUAGUUAAGAGAUGUUAUAGCUCUCUAUUCUAAUGUUUUUAAAUUUGGUUUCCAGUUUAAGUUGAUCUUAAAAUAAGAUGAUCUAAAGAUCAUUGUUAUGUUAAAUGAUGUAAUGGCUCUAUGUUAUAAUGUCAAAUUUGUUUUCCACU